AUGACUGAUCAUGCUUUAUCAAUAUCACCAUCCGUACCAGCAUUAGCGGAAACUAAAUCCAAUUAUUAUAGACUACGGACUCGUUUCAAUCGGCUGUCCAAAGAACGACGAUUGCUCACUUGUCUACUCAUUCUAUUCGCGAUUGUCAUGUGUGGUCUACUGAUUGGAAUUUUCAUUCUAUCCUGGAUAUAUCAAGGUAGGUUGUCUUCGUCAGUUUCUAUGCCGGUGAAGAAAGAAUGGAAUAAUCAAAAUAAUAUCAUAUCUGUACAUACUAAAUACUCAUUCUUAGGACGAACUUCGAUAAUCUAUCGAGAAGUUAAUAAUACUACUACUAAUGUCGGUGUCAGCGUUGUUGAAGCUUUACCGCGACAUGAACGAUACACAUUGAUCGCACUUAACAAUAAUAGCAGUCUAGCGACAAGUGUUAUUCAUACAAUAUCAUCGACUACAACUACAGAAAAACAACUAGCUCGUUAUGGUGAAUCGUGCGAUAAUGAUAGCGAUUGUGAGAAUCCGUUUAUUUGCUUCAAAAAAGGAUCGUCAAUACCGGGCAUGUGUCGAUGUCCUUUGAAGUAUGAUUUUAUCAAGGGUCGGUGUGUUGGUGAUCUCAAUGCAUUGUGUACGAAGGAUAUCGAUUGUCAACGAUUUAUGCUCUGUAUGGGCAUGAAGGAUGGAACACGGCAAUGUCAAUGUCAAACACAAUUCCAAUAUGAUAACGAACGACGACGAUGUCGUGGCGACUAUGAAGCUCCAUGUGAAAGCAGUGUGGAUUGUCGAACAAAUCUUAUUUGUAAUAAAACUGCAACAUCGGCAUUUUGUUCAUGUGAAUCUCAUUAUCACUACUAUCCAAACGGAAAGAAAUGUCGCGGUAAUCCAGGUGCUGUAUGCGAUCGAUUAACAGCUGAGUGUGUUGAUAAUGCUGAAUGCCGUGAUGGUGCAUGCGAAUGUUCGAAUCAAUUCGUACCGGAUGAAAACAAAGUGUGCGUUGAUCCAUGUCCAACAAAACUCACAAGUCAACCGCGCAUUCGUUAUCCAGGCAAUUGCCGACGUUUUAUUGACUGUCAGCAAAAAUCCAAAACAGAAUGUCCAGAAAUGACCAUAUUCAAUUUACGCACCCAACUCUGUGACUAUCCGAAAAAUGUCUUUGAUUGUCGAUAG